GAUUUUGAAAAUAUGUCUUCCGAAGACAUCAUAAGAAAGCUAGAGUGCCUUGCAAGGACUACACUCGAAAAACGAGAAUAUUACCCAUACGCUUUAUCGGUCGAGAACUUACUGAAAAUGGCAUUAAUUCUCUUGAGAGCUCGUGCCGGUAUUCCCGUGGUCGUUUGUGGAGAGGCCGGGUGUGGAAAGACAAGUUUGAUUCAAUUCUUGGCUUUGGUGGUAAACGUUGAGUUUAGAGCUCUCAACUUGCACGCUGGU